GGACUCACUUCGAGUUGAGCCGAGUGCGUGUGCGGAGCAUUGGUGCAGUGCCGCGCGGACGUCCACUGAAAGCCAAAUAAUUAAAGUGGCUAAAAAUAAAAUAAACAAAGUUCAAAUACUGCAAAAUCUAGCGAAAAUCUUGCAAAAAGCUUGAAAUCAGUCAGUUAGACGAAAUUUUUUUUACGAAAACUACAAGCGCUUAUACGAGUACUGCAGAAUUUUCACAUUUUCCACGAGCAAAGUUUGUGUACACUGAUGUGUAGAAGUAGCGCUGAAAUAACUUGUAAGUGAAAAGUGUGUGUGGCAAAAGUCAAAGUGGCAGUAGUGGUCGUUAAAAUAGUGAAAUUUUUCUUUUGGUGCUACUUAAUGAACGAGUGCAAAUGAAAAUUUUUUGGGGAUUGCCGAUAACCGCAUGAGAUGAUAAGUAUCCUGUGUUCUACAUUUAAAUUACACUGAGUGUGUGCCAUUUUUUUUUUGCUGCGCUCCCAAUUUGAAUGUACGUACGAACGACUCUCGCCUCCCACAGCACUCAACGGACGCUCUCAUUUCGCAGCGGCUGCAGUUGGGCCAAAGAGCUAUAUUUUAUUAUACUGAAAUUAAAUCCUGCAAACACGAACACGGACAGUAAGUAGGUUGUCCCGUUCGCACCAAAUGCCAAAACGCUGCAAUCGUAGAAGUGUGAAAUAACUGUAAAGAAAGUGCUGCAAAUUUACAAUUAAAACGGGUUUUCUAACAGUAAUCAAACGAAAUAAAAAAGUAAUCACAUAAUUAAAUAGUUGGCAAAAGAGUUUCGAUAUUUUUCGUAUAAUUGUACGUCAAUCGAACACUCGCUCGCUAAACGGUACAUUGCACCGCGUCUCAUCGCAACGCAACACAACGCAUCGCAGCACUUCGCGUGGCAGCAAACGCGCCGGAAUCGUGUGUGUGUGUACCGUUAUAUGUGCCUGUGCACUUUCGCAGUUCGGCAUCGUUGUGCAAAAGGACCAAAUAUGAAUGUGAAAUGCUCUCGCAAGCCAUCUCGUGGUCUUCGCACAGCACCAUUAUACGACGAGGCAUAAGAAAAAGUCUCGCACUGCCGCUCGGACGCAUUCCUUCGCUUCACACAUAGCAAGCAUUCACAUCAAGCAUACAACAUUCCUUCCCCCUCGCCCUGCUUAGUACAUCUAACCUACAACAACAACAGCAAGAGCAAGAAAAAAAUCAAUUUAGUCACAAGAGUUGCGAAAAAUUCUUUCCAAACGCCACAAAUUAAAUAGCAAAUUAUAGAAAUUCAACGCUGUGGCUGUAUCGUUGAAAUUCGCGUGCGAAAAUCGUGUGAAACGCUCGCGUGUGUGUGUGUGUACUAAAGCCCUCGGAAGUGUCAUUAGCCAAGUGCAAAAAAAAAAGAGUUGGAAUUUGCGAAAUGCAUUAAGCGCUCGACGGGAAGACGUGUAGCGCAAAGCGAAAGCAGCGAAAAAUGUGUACAAUAAAUUAGAGAAAAUAAAGCAUAAAGUGAAGUGAUUAAUAUUGACCACCGAAUUACAACGAGAUUUUUUUUCUACAACCGAAAAUACUAUAUUCCACCAACACCAACAACAUCAUCAACGCCAACAACAGCAAGUUGCGACGUCCAGGUCAUCGCCAGCGCCAGCAGCAGUAGUACAUAGUAGUAGUGGUCUCAACCACAACAACAAAAACAACAGCAUCGGCGAAAGUUCAUACACGCAUCGGACGGCGGCCACCCACAGUUGCAAUCGUUGCACUGGCCGCGUUAGGUCUUCGCGUAGUAAUUUGCCAGCGAACGAUUACGUGGUGACAGCGCUGCUUUGGAUGCCUGUCGUUGCCGCAUUGAAUUGAAUUAUUAUCCAACGCUGAUUUUUCAUCUUAGCAUAGGCAUUAUCAACUCAUAUACAGCCAGCUAGCAUAGUCCGGGUGCUCCGAUGUGAUUGUCACAUAACGUCAUCGCUUACACGCAUACGUACGUACAUACGCGACGUAAGCUGGCGUAACAUCACACACAUUCAUACCUACAUUCAUACAUCUGUCUGUUUGUAUAUACUCGUCGUCAUUGUGUCAUCGUGCCAUCGCAAUUGUUGUUGUCGUUACCCUUUACUCGUCGUCGUCGCCGUGGCCCAUUCACUGCCGGAUAUGCGUUGCAGCAUCAACGGAAAUUAAACAAAUCAUAGCCGAAGUCGAAGUCGUUGGGGAAGUGGAAGUGGAAGGCAGUUGCUGAAAUCAUCGGCGUUUCCAAGUAAACGUUCGUCAGUCAGUCAACCAGUCAGCUCAUCGCACAUGAGUUCAUGAGUUUUUAAUAACGCAACGGAAGUUUUUUGCGCUGUUCGUUGUUGUUGUCGUUUGUGUUUUUAUGAGCGUUGAGCAAAACGUUGAACAAGGAAUGCCGCUGUUGCAUCGAGAGAACAGAUCCUGCACAAUUUUAGACAUAAAUGUAAAUGUAAGAAUCCAGACCUCUUGAGCAAUAAAACAUCAACGAAGCAUCGUAUACUUAUACAUAUAUUUAACGUCGCACUGUCGAAAUACCGUUAUAAAUUUACAAGCAUCAGACAUGAAACUGCAUAAAAUCAGUUAUUUCAUGCGAAUGAAAUGAAUCAUUUAAGCGAAACGAAAAUCCACAGCAGCAGCACUUGGUCCCGUUCACAUGGUGGUGGUCGUUUGUGCACCACAAUUGCCAGCCGCUACGAAAUUGUCACGUGUUUUAUUGUGACCGAUGGUGGUUGCCACAAUUGAGGCGUUUUCUCGCACAUCGUAAUGCAACAUUGGAGUGGAAUUGCCAAAACGUGCAAUAGAUACGUUGUGUCGCCACGCCCCCACUACCACUAGAUGCAGUGGAAGAAGAAGUUUACUCGAUUGAAAGCAGCUACAGGAAAUUCGCGUGCGCGAAGAAUGCUUUGUUGUGGACGAAGAAAGGAAAAUGGAAGAUCAGUUCCUGAUGUUACCGCCAGCCCUGGCCGUGCGCCUCCUGGUCCCUUGCCGGCGAAUCAAAUGCAAUCGUUGGCCAAUCAGCAGCAGCAACAACAAUCGCAACAUCAUCAGCAACAACAACAACACCAGCAGCAACAACAACAACGACCUGGUGGCAAGGAACCGGUAUUGUUGCAAGGUGACUUUCGCAAGGUGUCGGGUAUCAGUUCGGAGAUCUUUCGGCAGAUAGAAGCAGUCGAAAAUGAUCAUGAUCCGAAUACGGCGGCCGCUUUGGAGGCGGUGGAGAGGAGAGGUGAAAUGAUCGUGCGCAUUCUGGAGCCGCGUUGCAUCGGUGGAAAACAAGCUGUGGAAGCAGCUCACAAAUUGAUGUCCAAAGGCGACGCACGACAUACAGUACAGCUUGUUGAGAUAGUUAAGCGCCCAGGUCAGACGUUGGGCCUAUAUAUACGUGAGGGCAAUGGAGCUGACCGCACCGAUGGAGUUUUCAUCUCUAGAAUAGCAUUGGAGUCUGCUGUGUAUAAUAGCGGUUGCCUGAGGGUGGGUGAUGAAAUUUUGGCCGUUAAUUUGGUAGACGUAACUCAUAUGUCCUUGGAUGAUGUCGUAAUUAUAAUGUCAAUUCCCCGGAGACUGGUCUUGGCAAUACGCCAAAGACGUGACAGUCGCACCACCGGCUCUCCAGGACCACCAACGUUAUCACGACCCGAACAAAAGCCACCGCCAGUUGUCGUUAUCAAACGUGAUCUCAGAGAUGAAGACUUAGAUGAGACAGAUCGCAUGCCAAGAUCCCGAUCAUCACGCGAAAGACGUACAGGAGAUGGACGUGAAAUGACGGAGUCUCGCUCUCGCCUCGGCCUGGGUCUCAACAACUAUAGCCCGCAAUCCGAGCAAUUGGACAUGUAUUACAAUACGCGCACUGGCGUGAGUGCGAUGAACGAACCACCCAGUUGGGGCUACAAACCACCGCCACCACCUUCGGUGAUAACCGAACAGCCCAAAGGUCACGCGUUUGCUCCUUCACAUGCGUACUACCAAAAUGCUGGCACACUGGAGAGUUUAGCCGAGAAAGUGCAUGCGUUCUAUCCCAGUGGACCUUCCCGUCGUAUGUCGACCGGUACCGGUGUUGGUUUAGCGCAACAGCAGGCACGCUUUCCACGAUCUGGUUCAGACCAACAUUUACCACGUGUGGAAUAUGCAGAUUAUUCAAAUUCUUUAGGUCGUCAUUCCUUACUACGCUCCAGCUUGAAGCCGGGUACUGGUGCAGCUCCGAUAGCAGUUGGUGGCACAUUGGGACGUUACGGCCGUUAUGAACCACCGCGUCAGUCCUCCAAGUAUGCACCGCCAAAUAUCGGAGCUCAAUCGCUUACACGCCGUUCGCGACCAAAUCUCGAUUAUUCCAGCGACACCGAAGCAACUAUAGGACCACGACCAAGUUAUUAUUACUACAACCGACCUGCUGUGGGUAGCAUGCCGCGCGGCAGCAGUGGAGCAGGUGUGGGUGGUGCUGGCAUGCUUGGAGGUGGGCCAGAUAUGGCUAAAUUUAAUUCACUGCCACGCGAACGUCCGGGUGUGCGUCUACAGGGUAUACGCUCACGCAUCGGCGAUCGCAUCAUGGAUGAAAGUGACGGUAACAUAUCGGCACCGGAAUUCAAUGCACGUCGGGAUCGUGAUCUGAGAUCGCGCAUAACGGCGAGUCCUUCUAUUUUCACUUCGGACGAGUACCGAGCGUGGUUGAGACGCGCACCUAGCAGUUCAGCUAUAGCGGAGCAAAUGCGUAUGACGAGAGAUUUGCUUAGUCAGCCACGAUCGCACCGGUUCUCGUGCAGCGCUGAAAAUAUACACGAUGCGUUGAAGAAUACCGAGAGCAUUUACUCCAGUCGAACGGGCAUACUCGGUACUGGUACAUUAGAUCGUCACUUGGGCAUGCCUCGCCCGAUUUCUGCAUUACCAGUCCGUUCGAUGUCAUCACAACAUAUUGGUGGACCAUCAUCGAUACGCUCGCCCAGCAUACGGCGUAUGCGACAACUACUCGAAUUGUCCGCCGGACCUGCGAGUCCAAGCGGCAGUAUUAUGAGUACAGGCGGUCAUCAGAGUCCGGCGCCGACGCCCAGCGCCACACUACCCAGAACGCACAGACAAAUUGAUAUUAAUCCAGCGGAGUUUGCCAAGUACAAACUCGACAAACCGAUAGUCGAUAUUGGCGGUAUAUCGGGCAUGUUGUGGAUACAUUUGCUUGCGGGCCGUGGCUUACGUUCGGCACCCGAACUAGGCGCACAGCACGUUGGUGGGCCACAUCAUGCUGCCCAAACACAGACACGUGAUCUAUAUUGCGUAAUCGAAUGUGAUCGUGUGCAUAAGGCACGCACUGUUGUGCGUUCCGGUGAUCUACAAUUCGACUGGGACGAGUCUUUCGAGUUGGACUUGGUGGGCAAUAAGCAGCUGGAUGUAUUAGUUUACUCAUGGGAUCCGCAACAUCGGCACAAGUUGUGCUAUCGUGGUGCCAUCUCCUUGUCCAUACUGCGACAAUCACCGCUACAUCAGCUGGCGUUAAAGGUGGAACCACGUGGCACUAUUUACAUACGCAUGCGUCAUACCGAUCCCAUAACAUUGUAUCGACGACGUGGUCUACCCAGCUUAAGAGCCGGUUAUCCCAUAUUAUUCGGCGCCGAUUUAGAGACGGUGGUGAAUCGUGAGUCUAAAGGCGCUCCCGGUAGUGCGCCUGUGCCAAUUGUGUUGCGACGUUGCGUGGAGGAAGUGGAGCGACGUGGCUUGGAUAUAAUUGGCCUGUACCGCUUGUGUGGCUCAGCAACGAAAAAGCGUCUGCUACGUGAAGCAUUCGAGCGCAAUAGUCGAGCCGUGGAAUUGAGCCCUGAACAUGUUCCUGAUAUUAAUGUUAUAACCGGUGUACUGAAGGACUAUCUAAGAGAGUUGCCGGAGCCGCUGUUUACGCGUUGUCUCUUCCAGAUGACCGUCGAUGCUUUGGCUGUUUGCCUGCCCGACGACCCCGAGGGUAAUGCGAAACUAAUGCUCAGCAUACUCGAUUGCUUGCCUAGGGCAAAUAGGGCGACCUUGGUAUUCCUGCUCGAUCACCUGUCGCUCGUCGUUUCCAAUUCGGAACGCAAUAAGAUGUCAGCUCAAGCUUUGGCCACCGUUAUGGGACCACCAUUGAUGCUGCACGCCGCUAACGCUCAACCCGGUUCGGAUAUCGAUCACGCCCAACCAAUUGCCGUGCUUAAAUAUCUGCUGCAGAUUUGGCCGCAGCCGCAUGCACAGCACCACCAAGCGCCCACCGGCGGCAUUGUUAGCGCGACCGGCAUGAUGGGCAGCAUGGUUGGUGCGGGCGGUGCACUGGCGGGCGCGGGCAGCAUGAGCAACAUGGCUGGCGGUGUUUCAGGUCGGCGCGGCGAGUCAACAGGGCAGCGUGGAAGCAAAGUCAGUGCGUUGCAAGCGGACAGACAACUUCUACUGCAGCAGCAGCAGCAGCUCAUGGCGGCGGGCAAUCUUCUACGCUCGUCCACUUCGGUAACCAACAUACUCUCACAAGGCCAUCAUCAGCUCUCAGCCACAGCCAACAGUCAUCUGUAUCAAUCAGUAGUGGGUCAGUUAGCUCAAUCGCCUCGAGCCUUGCAACAAGCGGUGCAACAGCCCCAUCAAUUGGCGGGCUCAGCGGGCUCAGCAAUUCUCGACCAAUCGCCACUGCCACUUCCAGGCACACCCUCCCCAGGCAGUAGUUCGGCAUCGACCGGUUCCGGUUCGGGAUCCGGUAAAAGUACUGAUACAAUAAAACGUGGUGCGUCGCCCUCCUCGGUCAAGCAUGUGAAAAUCCAAGAAUCCUCCAGUUCGUAUACCAUAACGCAGAAGAAAUCCACAAAAGAGUCGCCCAGCGAUGAUGCCGAAACAGCCACACAAGCCGCUCCAACAAGAAAAGGCGUCGAAUUCUACGAACCGCACAAACCUCACGCGAAGAGUGACGAGCUAAGUAGUUACUCGAAAUAUGGCGAGUUGGGCGCAAAAACACGCACAGCUUACGGUGAGUCGAGCACUUAUGGCGCUGGUACUGGCAUUGGGGCAAGUAAAGCGGCACUUUCCUCACUCUCCACUGAAGAUUACAAGGCAAUGCGUAACAAAUCGAGCGCUACAUCAUCAUCCUCAUCAUCACAAGCAACGGUGCUGAGUGCCGCGGGUUCGACUGCUACCUCGGCCACGACUACAUCAUCGGAUGACUCGGAUGAUCUAAUAUCGUACAAAUCUUCAGCAUCAACGAAUGCAUUGCUGGCACAAUCGCAGGCAAUGACCACAUCUCAGCUUAUGUCGAAGUAUCUGAAGCGAGAGCCGCGCGUGCAGUUUACGCCAAUCAAAUCACCAGAUUCUCCAUCGCCACCGGGUAGUGAUGGUCUGCCCAAAGGCGUUUACCACCUAACGACAUCGAACAGCAAGACAGCCGUUUCUACGGGCGCUAUUAGUAAACAUUCCACGCCGAGUUCGAGCGAUCCGAAUGGCAGCGGCAGCAAUCAUAAGGGUUCAUCACCGUCGAGACAAGUGAGCGGCAAAGAGGCAUCAUCAUCAGCAGCAACAUCAACGUCACUGGUGUCGACUGGUAGGCGUCUAUUCGACAGUUUGGCAUCAUCCGAAGCAGAGGCACGACCUCAUGCGGGGGGCAGCAGCAGCACAACAACAGCAGCAACGUCUGCAACAUAUAACGAUAGUAAAAGUGUAGCAAGUAGUCACAUUAGCAAUAAGCAACAAAGUUCAGAACACAGAAGUUACGGUAGUAGUCUGUUUGGUAGUAGCGCGCAAUCGGGCACCAGUCCAUUCGCCACCGCCAAUGGCAACGGCAAUGGCAGCGCAGCAUCGAAUGGCACACACAAUGCCAUGCACUUGUACGGCACAUUGCCCAAAAACGGCCCGACCGCUAAUGCAACAGGUAACGGUUCCUCUGGCGGCGCUGGUGGCAUGUACGGUUCCACCACAUCCGCCUCCUACUAUUCGACAUCGUCAUCGUCGGGUGUGCCCACCGCCAGCAGUAGUGGUGUGAGCUCAAUGACCGGUUCCACCACCAGUUAUGAUUACUACUCGGCCAGCUCCGCUUCCUACACAUCCGCCUCGGCUAGCACGCGUUCGUACGGUAAUGGCGGCAGCAAUGGUGGCGGUGGUAAUUAUCACACAUUGGGCACAUAUCGAGUGCAGUACGCCGCCACAAAUCCCUUUUUAGAGGCUUUCGAUGCGCCCGGUAAUGGUAGUAGCGGCGGUGCUAAUGGGGGCAAUGGUAAUCGCGGUGGUAGCAAUAAUGGUGGCAAUGGUGGACAGCAGCAGGGUAACGGUAGUAGUGGUGGUAGUAGUAGUAGUCACAAUCGUACAUCGCUCUUGGCCGCCUUGCAUGGCAGCGAUUCGAAGAACGGCAGCGAUGAGUUUGACGAUCUGAAGUGAAAGCUUAAACACGGGAACGGAAUGAGUGAGCAUGAAUUUCAUUUGGCGGUGCGAGGUGUACAUAGUAGGGGUGUGAAUAUUUGUUAAUUAGAAGGUGUAGUUUUUGAAAAAGAAUUUUUAAUUUUCUGAGACGGUGAAAAAGUUCGUUAAGAUAUUUUUUAAUAUUAAAUUCGAUAUUUAUAUUCGAAAAAUGUUUAACUGACCAUAUAGAAGCAGUUCUCCAUUGAACCAGUGAAUUAUGACAGAUCAUUACGUUCAGAAGUACGAUUUCUUCAAAGAGUAAUAGAAAAGUUGGGGUUUAAAAAGGAAGUGAUGUAAGCUUUAGCGCAUUUCGAAAGAGCUUUUCAUCUAUUUGGCUACUGCUAACUGAAAAAUUGACUGUUGGUUAUCUGUCAAAUGCCAUAAAAGCUUACAGCUGUCAAAUGUCAAAUUAACUGACAGUUGGUGAUGUCAUAAAAGCUGUCAGUGGGUGAUCUGUCAAAUAUCAAACCAGCUGACAGUUGGUGAUCUGUUAUAUGCCAUAAAAGCUGUCCGUGAAAUGGCAAUGUAGAUGACAGUUGGCAGUAUUAGGGUUGUUUGCAAUUUGUGUUUCAGUGUUUAAGAAAAAUUUGUAGUUUUUUAUGAAAAAAAUAUUUCAAACAUAAAUUCUUAAUUUCAUUAAAAAAAUUUUAGUACUUCAAAAGAUUUGGAAAACACUGUGCGAAGCAGUCAUGAAAUUCAUGCUCACCGAAUUUUUCUCAAUAAAAAGAGUUGAAAACAAAGAUACACCUAAUAAACAAAAACAAUAAUUUUUUUAGUUAAAAAUAAACUGAAACGAAAUGAACAGCACGCGACAAUGUGUGCCCACACACACAUACAUACAUACGUACAUUUGUAUAUACCGUUGAAUUUUUUAAAUGUUUACACUUUUACAAAUUUACAAAAACAAAACAGAAAAAGAAAAAGAAAACAAGGUAAUCAACAAAUAUUAAAAAUAUGGUCUGGCAGGCAAAAGUAAUUUUUGGUUUAAAAUUAACAAAAAAAUAAAUUAAUUAAAUAAAAAAUAAAUUAAAUUAAAUUAAAAUAAAAUUACUAAAAAUUCAAGCGAGCUAUAAAUGUUUUUGAUGUGAAAACGGCAGCAAGUUAUAUACAUACAUACAUAUAUUAUUAAAAAAAUAAUAAAAAUUAAAUAUAAAAUUCAAAAAACGUCAGCUGAACCAACAAACAACCAACCAACCAUAUACACCAAGCGAUGCGAAAACGAAUUUUGAAUACAUAAAAUAUGCUGCUUCAUUUGUGUGUCUACAAUAUUUGUUUUUGGUUUUUGUAUGCGUUGGACGAUAAACU